CCUGGCUCCGAAAUGGGAGUUCUUCUUGCUGCGUCGCUCCCUGGCUUCUCUUCGGGUUAAGAUCCGUGCAGAUAUGGAAACGGACCCCGAUUAUCCUUGGCCUUGGUGGUGAAUGAUUGAUGGAAGAGUCUUUAUUCUGGCAGGUGAAGACUGGGUCAAGAAUGAAAAUAAAGAAGAAGCUCCCCAGCAUCUGGAUCGUGAAUCAGAGGAUCCUGACAAGCCCUCUGAGACAUUAUGGGAGGAGAGUGAGAACUUCCUGGAUUCUGAGCAGCCCAAAGGCCACAAGAGGGACUCGGAGACUCAUCAGGAUACAUUUUCCGGGGAAAUCUGUUUGGACUAUGAGAAUGGCCCUGAGAGGGUCUAUCCGAAUGACAGGCCAUUCAAGUGUGACGUUUGCGAGAAAAGCUUCCGUCACAGUUCCAGCCUGCUCACCCAUCGGAGGCUCCAUACAGGGGAAAAGCCUUACAAGUGCACCGACUGUGGGAAAAGCUUUAACACCAGUUCGGCGCUCAUAGUACACCGCAGGACCCACACUGGGGAGAAAUCUUACGUGUGCUCUGAUUGCGGGCGGUGCUUCAGUGAAGGCUCAGUGCUCAUCAAGCACUGGCGAAUCCACACAGGAGAAAAGCCUUACAAGUGUGCGAUAUGCGGGAGGGGCUUUCGCCAGAGCUCUCAACUCCGUGCCCACGAGAGGACCCACACAGGUGAAAAACCCUAUGAGUGCCCGGACUGCGGGAAAUGUUUCAGCACCAGCUCAAACCUCUCAGCUCAUCAGAGGACCCACACCGGAGAGAAGCCCUACAUAUGCACUGAAUGUGACCGGCGGUUUGGCCACAAGUCCCAUCUCAUCUCCCACCAGAAGACCCACACAGAAAAACUGCACGCUUGUCCUGACUGCCCAGCCAGCUUCCGCAUGAUCCACCAGCUCCUGGUCCAUCGCAAAUCUCACCAAGAAGAGAGGCGCUACAAAUGCCUGCUCUGUGGGAAGACCUUCAGUUACAGCUCAGCCCUCCUCGCUCAUCAGAGAAUGCACACAGGGGACAGGCCUUUCAAGUGCCUAGAAUGUGGGAGGAGUUUCAUUCGGAAUUCAGACUUGAACAAACAUCAGAGAAUCCAUACAGGCGAGAAGCCCUAUGAAUGCCCUGAGUGUGGGAAGAGGUUUAAUCAGAGCUCACACCUGGUUAGCCAUCGAAGAGUCCACUUUAAAAACGCUGCAAAAAAUUCUGGGGCAAACCCAGCCACUCCGGUGGAGCAAGAGACAGAGUCUUCCUGAAGAUCUGCCUCAUCUCCCCUUUCUAAUUGUAGCUGUUUUUAUAAGUUAUUAUGAAUAAACAGGAAUGUGUGUAUUCCGUGCUUUUAAAAAAAUUAAAAUUCUGCACCAAAGUAAUUCAGAUUAUCAAUAAAUGAAAGGUUAAUUUGCCCUGCAUCCUUUUUGCAAAUUAAGCAAAUUUGCAUAUAUUUUUGCCCGAUAUGGUCUGCUUUUGUAGUUCACAAUAGAUGGCAAAGAGCUAUCUAAGUAACUUAAAGUUUCACUUGCAAUCACUGAACACAUAUGAAGCUGCCUUAUAGUAGUGUUCUACUUCCUGAUCCAUUUGAGCUGGAGAUGCCAGCAAUUCAACAUGGGACCAGACCCUUCUGUAUACAUCCAAAGCAGAUGCUUUUCCAAUCCCUUUAUUUUUUUUAAUCUAUACGGACUUGCUUUUAAAAAUAAUGAAAGGUGAGAUUCUCACGAUUCUGACAUUUUUUUUGUCAGUUACAGCCAAUGCUUGUUUGAGGGGGGGGGGGGGUAGAAACUCAGUCCUACAUAAUAUUUGAGAUGAUUAACAGUGUUUCUCUGUAUUUCUUGGCUUUUAAGUUUUCUCGUUUGUUUUAAACUUGAGAAAUGUAGGUGGUAAGUUAUAGCUUAAAGAUGAAAAGAUUUUCAUGGUACAGAAGGGCCAUAUGGUUUAAUGAUCUUCAGAAGCACCGAGAAACAAAAGACUAUCUUAAAUCCGACUGUGCUUAUUUUCUAUGGGUUUAUAUGUAGGGACUUGCAGGUAUUCACUUCAAAACUGAGUAGUGCCCCCACCCUCAUAAUAAACAUGUUCCAUUAAAGCAUUUACCUGUACUUUAAGAAUACGAUAGAGAGGGGAAAUAGUCUAACAGAAACAGGAGUUGUAUUUUUAAACAUGAAUAAACGGAUAUCUUUAUCAUCAGCCAUAAAGAAACAAGGGAUUAAUUGGAUUAUGUAAUUUGUUUCCUUUAUUAAAGACUUAGUCCAGUUAUUAUUUCUGUUCAAAGUACUCAUGUGUAUAAUGUUUCUUUCAGUAAUCCCUUUUCUAAUAGUUGCCGUAUCAGAGCCACAGAGAAUGCAGAAACCCAGUCUCAAAAAGGUACAAUCCAGUCCUGGUAAAAGUUGCUGGAGUUUUGCUCUCGAGUCCAGAAGGGUGUAAUUUAAGCCUGGGUGCUUAAUAUGACUUAGAAAUGUGUGAAUUUUCCAUAUUAUUUGGAAAUGUUCCCGUGUGACAGCUUAAGUAUUUACUUCAGGGUAAAUACUUGUGUUUCAGCUGUCAAGUAUUUCUGGAACUUGAGUAUCAAAGGUGGAUUGUUUUUGUUCAGGAGUCUCAGGAGCGAAGCCUGUUGUUUCUGCAAGAUUUCGGCAACACAGCACAAUUCUGUUCAUGUUUUUUCAGAAAUAAGUCCCACUGAGUUUAAGGAGGCUGCCAUGAAGGUCCUACUAAUGGCAGGGUUAUGUGUACAUUGCAUUCAACCCCACUGCAGUUCUCUGCCUAGAAAAGAGACCGAAACAUCAACUUUUUUAAAGAGCUUAGAUUCUUGCAGUUAUAUGAAGCUGCCUUCCAACCGAGUCAGAUUAUGGGUCCAUUCCAGCCCGUGGGUCCCUUCUGUCUCCUUUGAUGGGCGGAUGCUUGCCAAGAUCUCAGGCAGAGAAAGCCUUCCCCAGCCGUGAGGGUCUUUUAACUGGAGAUGCUGGAGAUUGAACCUGAGAUCUCAUGUUUACAGAGCACCAUGAAUUAUGGCCCUUUCCUGUUAUUGUGCAAUGCACACACAUACAUAAGCCCUGAGUGCAGUAAAGGCAUUUUCUUCUGUUUUCAUUGCUUAAAUUGCAUACCAGUUGUUUCCCUUAUCCUCUUGUAACAAUCAGUAUCCGAUGACACCAGUGAUACGGAAAGAAGAGAAAGAGGUGGUCUGUUCAUGUGCCAGUUUAAUAGGAGAAGCAUGAUCAAAUAGUCCUCUUUUGCUGAGUUGCUACUUGAAUUUUGGAGCAGAAACUGCUCUUUAGGAGGUUCCCAGGUUUGAAUCACUUGGUUUGCUUCAGAGGGAACAAAGGGAUUCUGGUUCACAGUGGAGAUGCAGUGGGGAAAACACAGCACAUGGGAAGGAUCUGAGAUGUAAGAUUUGUAUGGAGAUGAAAAGAUGGCUUGGUAAGAUUUGCUUAAGAGGCCUAAAUUUGUGAGGGCCUUUUUAGUUUAGAAUGCAUUCUAAUUUCUCUGUCAAAGUAAGUCAAACUUUUUGUGCUUUCUUGUAUUACUAAUUCUAAUUGAUAAACGUUUUU